GACUCAUAUAAAGAACAAAUCAGCACUGCAAGAAGAAACAUCUAUCAAACCGGACGACUGACCAUUACUAUGGACCUGAAACAACACCUUGAGAAGCUGGAGUGCCACUUCACUUGGGAUCUGAGUUGCAGUAAAAAUGAACUCAAGGUGUUACUGAGAGGCUUGCAAGAUGUGGACCAGCAAACAUGCACUUGGCUGCUUCACUAUUACAACCUGCUGGGCUACAUCCAACACGCUCUUGGCUUCAACAGAGAAGCACUGAAAUACCUGCAGAAAGCAGAAAGUGUGAUGCAAGAGCAGGAAACAGAAGAAGCUGGAGUCCGGCUGCAGGUCAACAAAGCUAACCUGGCUUGGAUCUACUACUAUUUGGGAGAGAUGGAUAAGAGCAAAGGAUACCUAGAAGAGGUGGAGAACCUUCAGCGAAUGCAUCCAGCUCCACCUGGAUGCACUUUGCAUCCUGAAGUCAGUGGAGAAAAGGGCUGGACGCUGGUGAAGUUCGACAAGUUCAAGAAGCACCAGGCCAUUGAAGUCUUAAAGAUGGCUUUAAAAGCAGAACCCGAAAGGAAGGAAUGGCACAAAGGUCUUGCCAUAGCCAUGAGCAAAGCACAUACAAAUCAAAAGUGCCCUCCAGAACGUAAGGCAGACAUUCUAAAGCAGCUGAAAACUGCACAUGAGAAGGAACCAAAUAGUUUUCUCCUUCAUGCUCUUUAUUUAGAAAAACUUUCUGAGGUGCAAUCAGCAAACGUUGAGAGUGAAAUGCAAGGUUUACUAGAGCAAACUCUUAAAACUGGAAACCUGGAGUGUUUGGGUACUAUUCUCAGGUAUUUCAGAACCAUUUCUGUUGAUAAAGCUAUUCAAGAGGCAGAGAGAGCUCGAAAAAAGUUCCCCACCUCAAACAGAGUGGUGAAACUCCUGGCAAUUUGCUACAAAUGGAAGGUUUACAAGAUUAAGGAAGACACCGUGGAAAGGAGGAGAUUGGCUAAGAAAUCUUCUAAAUUCUUUGAGGAGUUUCUCAGCCAUCAUCCUGACUCGCUUAGAGAAAAGGUAGCCCUUGCAUCACUGUCCGAUUAUGCAAACAAUAGUGAGAGAGCAGAUGAGAUUUACCAGCAGCUCAUGUCAAACAUAGAUGAUUUCCCUCCUCCUACCCAACAGUACAUUUACUAUAGUUAUGCCCACCAUCUGCAUCACUUAAGAAAUCCAACCUCAAUUGAAUUUCACAUAAAAGUAGCAGAAAUUCCAGUUAAUACAACUUACAAAGAAAACAGUAUAAAACUCCUUGAAAAAAUUGUGAAAAAUGGCAAAAGUCCUUUCUGUAAGAAAAUUUUAGAUGUUCUUAAGACAAAAAGUGGGAAUUGUGAGAAUCCUGAUUAAAAUGUGGUUAAUGGAUUCAUAAUAAUUUGGAAAUAUUCCCAAUUACACUUUCAAACACUGCACUUGAUUGUGUGCACUCAUAUAUUAUAUGCUAGAGAAUAUUAAGAAUAUCAUAAAUAUGGUUGACAAUACAUUAUAAAAAUUAAUGUAUGAAAAUGAAAAUAUGUGCAACAGUUCUGUAUAAUUAUGAAUUGUUUAGCUAAACCUAAAACUGUCAUACAGAGAAACAGACCUUCUACCAAAAAAAAAAAAAAAAAAAAAAAAAGUUAAGUAUUGUUUGCUGACACAUAACUUGAUAAAAAGUGUCCGGAGAAAAUGAGAUCACAUUAGAGUUUAAAUUCUAGCAGGAUAAGAAGCUUAUAUCAGUGCUGUUUUCUUUUUCUGUGUAGAUUUAGACCUGAACCCUGUUAUAUAACACACAUAAUAUAUUUUAAAAUAACAGUCAUAUUGUGAUUUUAGUCGAAACAAAAAUUCUAGAUAUGAAUUGUUCGCUCUAUUUAUUCACCUACAGUUGGCACACUGAAAAAAAAAUCAUAUGAGCUAUCUACUUAAAAAAAAUUAUGGUAACAAUAUUACACACAAUAUAUUUAAGAAGGCUUGAUUUUUUUAAAUGGAAUCAACCUGAAUAAAUCAUGUAAAAUCUCCUAAAUUAUUUAAUCUAUGACACAAUUAUUUUGUAUUAUUAGUGUAUGAUGCUCAUUUAUUUUAAGUUGAUUCUCAAAUGUCUGUGAUUUUGAGUAAGUUAUUUUGUAUAAUUAAUAGACUGUAUAUGGCCAGACAGCUCAAGUAGACAAAUACUUGUUACUGCAUAGCAUUAGCAAAGCUACUGCUCAUUGAACAUAUCAUCAUACCUCAUAACAGUAAUAUAUGCAGUUAUCCAUAACCUUAAGCUCCACUCUUUUGCACAAUGGUAAUGAUAGAAACUUCAACAUUACAGAAACUCUCAAAUGUUAAACAUAACUGAACAUUAAACAUUAAUAGAUGUUUCCUUUUACUCUAAAACACAUAAAAUACCCAUUAAUUUCAAUAUUUACUCUCCAUAUCCAGCCAUGUGCAAAGCAUACUGAGAACUAACAAUCACCGCCAAAAUAAAUUGCAUAAUUUGGCUACUUCUCUUAAAAUAAAUAGGUAGCCUUAUUUCCUUAAUUUUUUUUUUCAAAUUAAUCAGUUCCUCAACUCAAGCCUCAAAACUGCUUAAGUUUCUAUUAAAAAUGCAGAAAACAUAUCUCUUGGUUUUAUUAGUGAAAAGUUUUUAAUAUUUUCUAUACAACACUGAACCACAAUUUCUUUUAUGAAAUCUACAAACUAUUUUUAAUUAUCACCUUAAUUUUUUAAAUGAAAAUUACAAGACCUAUGAUUCAUGAUUCAACCAAAAAUAGGUCAGUUUAGACUCAUCUAUAAACAAAGUCAAACAAUCAGAGUCAUUCAAUUUUAUUUUGGUGUCAAAGUACCUUUUCUCUCAGUAUACCUCCACCCUGACUUUAUUUGGUAAUUUAAUAUUAUUUUGUAAUGACUCAAAAAAUGUUAUCCUGUUUAUCAUAGGUAGGUUUUCAGAAUGAACUGUAUCUUUGUUUAAAUGCCAUUUGUAAAUGCUGGGUCACUUUACUCAAAACAAUAAAAAAUGACGUUUGAAGUAAUUGCAGCCCUGUUUUUUUGUAAAAAAUAAAAUUUUGUAACAAAUGUGGUCAAAGUUUUGUGACAUUUUCAGAGUCACAACAGCCCAAACUCCUUCAAGUCCAGCAUAAAAAUCCAAAAUUUCACAAAUGUAGUGUUUUUUCAGCUUUCUGAUAAGACUAUCAGAAAUUUGGUCACUGACAACUGGCAGAAUGAUAAUCAAAAAUAGGUCAUUUUAGACUGAUCUAUACAAAAUAAAAUAAUCAGUGCCAAACAGUGACUUUAAAAAUGUUAUGCUGUUCAUCAUAGGUAGGUUUUUAAACUGAACUGUAAUUGUUGUUUACAGUGUCAUGCUGUAAGUCACUUCAUUUCACUUGAAACAAUAAAAGAUGAUGUUUCAAGU